CAUAUGACUUCGCUGAAAUGGCGGCACUUUCUCGUAGUUCUUUAUUUGUAUUUGUUAAAAAUGGAAGCGGUUUCGCGAGAAUUGGCGGAAAAAGCUUGGUUUCCGUUCCAAGCCUGAAUAAUGUUUUGCGCGGAUUUAGCAAUAGACCGGAAAAAAGUCCCAUAGUUCCCAGUUUAUUGGAUUUUCGAGGCGAAUGGCUAGCUGCAGACAAAGAGAAGUUCCAAUGUGAUAUGAAAGUUUUGGUUGACUUCAUAACCGUAGAAGAAGAAACCAAACUUCUAGAGGAAAUUGAGCCCUAUAUGAAACGUUUGCGUUAUGAGUUUGAUCAUUGGGAUGAUGCCAUUCAUGGCUUUAGAGAAACUGAACGCAAACAUUGGUAUCCUCACAAUCGACAGGUUUUGGAAAGAGUGCGAGUAGAGGGUUUCCAAGAGGAAAUUAUGCCUUACAUACACAUAUUGGAUUUGGCUGCUGAAGGUGUAAUAAAACCUCACAUAGACAGUACAAGGUAUUGUGGCCAUACUAUAGCCGGCAUAAGUCUACUCUCUGACUCGGUAAUGCGUUUGGUCUAUGCCACCCAUAAAGUCGAGCAAUCCGACGAUUAUCGCAGCCAGCCCAAAGCCAUAUUAGAAAAUAACUUCUAUGCAGAUAUUCUUCUGCCGCGUAGAUCUUUAUAUAUAAUGAGAAUGUUAUCAAUGAGCAGUUAUGAGGAGUUAUUGUUACAAAAGGCGUUCUAUGCACAAAAGGAAAGAAAUUGCUUUCAUAUAACCUGAACAGCAGGAUGUCAUUGUUGUGAGAGCAUAAUUUCGGGGUAUGGGAAAACUUACCUAAAUAUGAAAAUGAACAGCACCAGGAGGGAGAAGAACACAGCCACAUUGUCCAUGGUGCGCAGCAUGACGAAUAAUUGGCGUCUCAAAUUGGGCAUGAAGCGUACGAGCUUGAGG